AUGGUCUGCGAUCUCAGCUCUGGCUGUUGGGACACGGGCGGCAAAAACUACGGUUCAAGAACAGAGUUUAAGCGAAAUCCUCCCUUGGCGCUCCCGUCGGGGGAACCGCAGCGAUGCUCAUUCCCCUCCGACCUCAGCGUCGGGGCCGAAGGGAUCGGGGGCGAUCGCACCCGUGGGAAAGCAGCGCGGUAUCACCGGGCCAGCGCGGACAGCUCCGGGGAGGGGGCAGCGCUGCGGGGGCGACCGGGAGAGACCCCCAGGUCGGGGAGAGAGGGGGGACGGGCGCAGCUCGGGGGGGGGGCGCGGGGCGGGCAGCUCGUGGGCUCGCCCCCGGCCCCCGGCUCGCCGUCGGCGGGCGGCGCGGAGCUGAGCUGGCUCAGCCUGGCCAGCCAGGAGGAGCUGCUGAAGCUGGUGCGGCCGCCCUACUCGUACUCGGCGCUGAUCGCCAUGGCCAUCCAGAGCGCGCCCGAGAGGAAGCUCACCCUCAGCCACAUCUACCAGUACGUGGCCGAGAACUUCCCCUUCUACAAGCGCAGCAAGGCCGGGUGGCAGAACAGCAUCCGCCACAACCUCAGCCUCAAUGACUGCUUCCGCAAGGUGCCCCGCGACGAGGACGACCCCGGGAAAGGAAACUACUGGACCUUGGAUCCCAACUGUGAGAAGAUGUUUGACAACGGGAACUUCCGUCGCAAACGCAAGCGGCGCUCUGAGCCCAACGCCCCCGCGGCCGCCUCUGCCGCCUCCUCCCUGGGGGCCCUGAAGGCUGAGGAAGAGCGACCCAUCCCAGCCACAGGCAAACCGUGUGGAAACAGCCCACCCCCAGAGCUGGACCCCUCACCCUCUGCCAGGGACCAUCCCAAAAGCUCCUCUCCCUCCAGCAUCAUUUCAUCCACCCCCAGCUGCCUCAGCACCUUCUUCAGCGGCAUGAGCUCCCUGAGCGGCGGAGGCAGCCGGCUGACGGGGGGUCUCAGCAGCGACCUGCACCACAGGAACUUCUCUGCUGGACAGCUGAGCAGUGGCACUUUCACCCCUUCCAGCAGCUCUUCUCAGGAGGUGCCUUCCCCAGACCAGCUGCAGCGGGUGGCGGGACCUUCCCCUGCCUACUACAGCUCCUUCCACCCCAGCAGCGGCAGCCAGGGAGCCCAGUACAACCACUACUACAACUUCACAGUCAACAGCCUCAUCUACACACGGGAUGGGACAGAGGUGUAGGGUGCUGGGACAGCGCUGCAAAGGGAAUGGGAGUUGGACCGUGCGCUUUUGCAAACAGCAUUUCAACGUGGACACUUCCCAGGAGUUCUUCCAGGACUACCGAUCUUCUGACCUUUCUGAAUAAGAACACCCCUUGAGCACCAGCAGAAGGCAGAUGCAAAGUUUUUUCCCCAUCCAGGAAAACGUUAGGUGGUGUAGAUUGUUUGCCAUCUAAA